CAAAAAUGGCCGCUUCUAUAUACGCAACCCCACCGCCCGAUUUAAGCAGUGAAGAUACAGCUCUGUCCGAUGUAUCGAACACAUCAUCAACAAAUGCCAAUACAACAACAACAGCACACACCAACAAAAACAAUCAACACAAUAACAACACCGCCAACACAACAACAACAGCAGUAUCAGCUGUAACAGUUUCAUCAUCCUUAACGGUAUCUUCGAAUUUGUCGCCAUCAUCAAAUCAAACGAACAACACCAUGACAAACACCUGUGAAACGAAUUCAUCGCCAAAUGUGAGCAGCAGCGGUAGCAGUAAAACGAAACGUACCAUUGCCGAUGUUUUUAAGGAUAAACAUAUUUCAUCUUAUAACAGCGAAACGGAUGCCUCAACGACCAAUGGUCCUGACAAUGGUGCCGCCAUGGCUGCCGUUGCAGCUGCGGCCAAUGCUGCCAUGCAAAUGCAAUUUUUGGAAGCUCUCAACGAUGCUGCCAAAAAGAGACGUAAACAACACAAUCCCACACGUAUGGACGAGGACAAAGCCGGCAGUAAUUUGGAAAAUGAUAAAUUGUUGCCGGAAAUCAAGCGAGAACAAACCUCACCGCUUGGUGGUUCGGAUCAAGAUUAUGAGGAUAAAUUGUCGAAAAUGUUUUUACCCAAAUCAAUGGAACAUCUCAAAGAGACAUUUGAAAUGUUGCAACAGCAGAAGCAACAUGAAAACAUAUCAAGUUCGGAGCAGGAAGGAGAAGAAGCCAAUCGGCAACAACCACCAAAUUCCAUGUCAUUGGAUAACGACAAUGUCAACUACUCGCAGAAUCCAUAUCAUACAUUUUGCAAAGAAUGUGGAGAGAAUUUUGAAAAUGAAUUUAAGCUGAGCCUGCACAUGCUGCAGGAACAUAAUGGCAGUGAAGCAACCGAUACGGCCAACAUGUCACCCAUGGAUAUUUUGGCAUCGGUAAAGGUGAAAAUGGAAAGGCCCGACAAUGACAGUCCUUUGGAUAAUCAACAACAACAAUUAAUGGCAGAUGUGGCCAACAAUGGCCAAAAGGAACAACAACACCCACAGCAGCAACAACAACCUUGGCUAAGACAACCACAAAUACCACCAUUGGGUUUUCCAUUCCCUCCUGAAGCAGCAGCAGCCGCUGCUCUCCAAGCCGGUGGUUAUUUGCCUCUCUUGGCAGUUCCCGGUUUUCCUGGAGUUGAUGGCCUUCAACGGCCACCAAUGAGAAUCUUCAAUCCUGAGGCAUUUUGUGAGCUAUGCAACAAAGAAUUUUGUAAUAAAUAUUUCCUCAAAACUCACAAGGCCAAUAAACAUGGCAUCUAUGAUCCGGUGGGUGGAGAUACCGGAACCGGUGGUCCAGGUGGUCCACAAAACAGUACCCUAAAUGCCAUGAAUCAAAUGUUUCAAUUACAAAUGCAACAACAGCAGCAGCAAAUGCAGCAACAACAUCAAAUGCAAAUGGAAUUGGCCGCUCAGCAGCAGCAACAACAACAGCAGCAACAACUUUCCCAAGCUAAGAACUUGAGUGAGACCACACGCAAGGAAAAGGACGACAAGGCCAAUAACAGUGGUAACAACCAAUCGACGGCUGCCUCCACGGUUUAUUGCGAUAUUUGCUCAAAACGUUUUACCAACAUUUUUGCCAUGCGUCGUCAUCGUUCCAAGGUACAUGAACAAAAUGCCAGUGCCAAUGCUACCGCCGCACCACAACGUAACAGUCCCACUAAUAUCACAGAAACAGCCAGCAGUUCCAGUUCCAAUGACAUCUUGAAUGCCACCAAAAACUUCCAAAUGCCCGAUGGUUUUAGGCAAGAUUUCGGUUUGGAGCAGGAAGAGAUAUCAUUCACGCCACAACCCCGAAAACUGUCACCUCAAUCCCAACAGCAGGCCCGCGAUGCCAAUUUUGCCCAUGACAAACUGAAGCGUUUGGGUGUCAUGAACCCAGAGGCAUUCUGUGAGCUAUGUUGCAAGGAGUAUUGCAACAAAUAUUUCCUACGCACCCACAAAUGGAAGCGUCAUGGUAUCUUUAUACCACCAGAGGAAAAUGAAAACCUCCCCAAAAUUCCUGGCAAUUGGCCGUUCAUGAACAUGCCAGCUGUGAAUUUAAUGAUGGCAACUCAGCGCAUGAUUUCACCGGUUGGCAACAGCGAAGAUGUGGAACAGCAACAGCCCAGCAAACGUAUCAAACUCGAGAAACCCGACAAUGAUGUGGAGGGUAGUGGUGACACACCCACAGUCAUGGACACCACUGUGGAAGACGAAAACCUGGAGAGCCGCAAUGAGGAGAAUAAUCAAAAUAAUCAGAAUUUAAGUGUACCCUCAACUCCAGAACCCCAAAAGCCACAAACCGCCAGUCCCGAAACCGUUAUGGGCUUACAAAAUCUACAAAAAUUACAAUCCAUGAUUCAACAGCUAAACGAUUUGAAUGGUAAGAGGCCAGUGGCCUGUCAUUUGUGUGGACGUGAAAUGGAAAAUCAAUAUGCCCUGCAGGCCCAUAUAAUGUCCGAGCAUGGAGCUGGAGCCGGCAUGGACGGUAUGCCAGCAUUGCCCACAUUUCCUCCACAAUUUCUGUUGCAGCAACAACAGGCCAUGAUGAAACAAUCACCACCAGGUGGCUCCCCAGGAUCCUUAAUGCCACCCCUCAUGGCAGCUGGAAUGGGUGCACUGAGUGGAGAAUUACGUUGUACCCCCUGUGAUCGGGAAUUUUCCAAUUUGCCAGAAUUUCAAAAACAUAUCACCGAAGUUCAUCUACUGGGCAAUGGCAAAGGUAGUCCAAUGCGUGAGGGUUUUGUGACACCCGACAGACCGGUUAACAGUUCAGCAGCAUUGGCUGCCGCUGGCGGUACUCGACCCCCAUACACACUGACACCCACCAGCAGCUAUUGUGAGAUCUGCAACAAAGAGUUGUGCAACAAAUAUUUCAUGAAGACCCACAUGCAACGUAUGCAUGGCAUUGAAAUUGAAAAUGGCGCCCAAAUCGGUGGAGUAGUGUGCAAUAUCUGCAACAAGGAAUUGUGUAGUAAAUAUUUCCUUCGGGUACACAAACACAAUACCCAUGGCAUAAUUGAUGAUGGUGCACCGUUGCCACAACCUCGUCAAAAUGGAGUAAACACCGAGGCCACACCAGUCGGAGCUGGAGAACCCGAUAGAAAUCUCAAUAUGAGCCCCUUCGGCAGCAAUGGUUCAGAUGUGAAACCAGAAACCUCCAGCUACAGCGAUAACUGUCCGUUGUGCAGUAAACGAUUCCGCAGUCCCAAAUGGUUGCGUUCACAUUUGCUCAAUGAUCAUGGAGCCAGUGGCAUGGAAAAAUUGCGUGAACUGGAACAACAGUAUGGUAGUUUUAGUAAAUCUUCCAGUCCCACAUUGAAGAUACCGAAUGGCUCAAGCUCAGCUGGUUCCAGUUCCAAUGCCGGUACACCCAACACGCAUCCGAAUGUACCAUCGCCGGCACAAUUGGCUCAGGCAUUGCAGAAUUUGAAUGCCCAGCAAUUGUUGCAGCAGCAACAACAGCAGCAACAGAUGGCGAAACCACAAAUUCCCUACAAAAUGGAGCGGAAUGUGGCAUCACCACCCAGACCCAAGGAAUAUCAGUGUUCGUUGUGUUCCUUCACAACACCGUAUUAUGCUUUCCUAUUCAUACACGAGAGAACCCAUUCCAUAAUGAAUGCUGGUGGUGCUGAGGAUCAGGAACGUGAAGUCGGUGGGGAAGAUAAAGAAGGCAUGGUGCCAAUAAGAUCCAACGAAGGUGAACAAUGUGGGGAGGAAAAUGAAAAGAGUAACAAAGAUGAAAUGGAGAUACAGCAACCAACAAAUCUGUCAAUGCGUACACCAUCUCCAUCUCGCGAUAGUAGUUUGAAGGAAAUUCCUAGCUCUCCAGUGACACAACAAGACCAUUCAUUAGAGAAUGAUAGUCGUGGUAGGCGUUCUGUGGCAUGUUCUCCGGUAUUUCAUAUGUCACAAUAUCAACAGCAGCAACAACUACAAGAAAUGGCUGAACAAUUUGGCAAGACAGCUUCCUAUGCGGUGCCGCGUGACAUGUCAUUGGCAAAUGGGCCACACAUGCAGGCCUUCAUCAUUGAGGAGGCAGCGGAUAACAGGUUUGUGCCCGCAAUAAUUUAUUUACCGGUUACAGAACGUUUAUCGGGACCCCUGAAAUUAUCAUUUAAUUUGACACCCGUUUAA